UCCCUCUCCGUAGCAAGUCAACUCCUUCCCUCUCCCUCCCUCCCUCCCUCCCUAGUCCUCCUCUGCAAGCCAAGAACUUGAGAGCCCGGCUCGGCUAAUGGAGGGCGAUCUGGGGUGGUGCUGCAGCGGCGGUAGCAACAACUGGGACCUGCACGCCGUCGUGCGCUCCGCCUGCAGCGGCGGCCCGCCGCCGGCCUCAAACGACGACUCCUUCUCCUGGCUCCUCCAAACGCCGCCGGCCUCAGAGGACCAGCUGUUGGACGCUGCCGGGUCCCAACCUCCCCUGGCCGACCCGGCCGUCGACGACCUCUGCCUGCAGGCUUUCUUUGCCUCGACGAAGCUCGAGACGCCGCAGCCAUCGUCGCCGAGGAACGAAGCGCCGCCCCAGCAGUAUAAAGCCGACGGGCCGCCGGGCAAACUGCAAACAUCCAGCCGUGCCGGCGGUGCUGGGCCCUCUCGGUCCAAGAGAAAGAGCAAGAAGAGCCAGGUGAAGAAGGAGGUGACGCGGGUGCCGGUGGGCGGGCCGCCGGCGGACCUCUGGGCGUGGCGCAAGUACGGGCAGAAGCCGAUCAAGGGAUCGCCGCACCCGCGCGGCUACUACCGGUGCAGCACCGACAAGGACUGCAAGGCGCGGAAGCAGGUGGAGCGCUGCCGCGCCGAUCCGGCCACCUUGAUCGUCACCUACACCGGCGGCGACCACAGCCACCCCGUCCCUCUCCAGCGCAACUCCCUCUCCGGCACCACGCGCAACAAGGCGCAGGCGCAGCCGGUGUCCCCGUACCCGGGCAAGGAGGCUCCGAAGUCGGAGGCUGCGCCGUCCGCGUCAGGCACAGACACCAAGUCGCAGGGCUCGCCGUCUAUGUCCGCCGGGCUGUCGCCCCGCACCCCGCGGCGCUCGCCGUCCCUGCAGGGAGUGCAGUACAAGGACGAGGAAGACGACGACGCCGCUCCCUCCAGCAGGCUGCUGCUUCUCGAGGGUACGAAAUGGAGGGCCGGGACGCCGAGGAGGACGACGUGCUGGUCUACCUCAUGCCUGAAGAAGAGACCGCUCCGGCGGGUCCCGGAAAGGGCAGCGGCUGCGAGGACGUCAUGCUGUUCCCGAAGCCCGACGAGCCCCCACCAACAACGUGCAGCAGUAGAACGGACGGCGGCGGCGGCGAGGCAGCAGCCCAGGUUAUGAACAUCGGCGAGGAGACGUUCUCUAUCUCGGGCCUCUCGGCAUGGGAGGCUGCAUCGGAGACGCGGCGACGAGCAGCUGGGGGCUGAUGACUUAGCGUAAACCACGAUCACCACGAACAAUAUGCUGUGGAUCUUCAAUCUUGGCUUGUUUGCGGCAUCUCUGCAGUAUAUGUAGUAGCAGAAGCAUUACUUACUAGUUUUUUUACUGUCCUUAAUAUGGGUACUUAAAGGUUACCACAAUUUUUUUUACCUUGGUACUAAAAUUUGGUAUCUCAGAGGCAUGUAACACUUUUGUUUUAUGUGUGUCUCAGCCACAGUACCCUUUCUUUUACUCGGAUUUUAAAAUAAGUUGUAUUGAGGAAA